ACAAUGGCCCCGAUAACGGACGAAGAAAGAAGAUGGGUUGUUUUUGGACUAUGUUUAACCAAAGUUCUCACCCCUGCAUUGAGAAAGGUUCUUGCAACUGAGAUGCCCAGUUGGUACAACGUUUUAUGUCAGCCCCCAACUAAAAUUGACAAACAACUCUGUUCUGGAUACAAGAAGACUUUAAGCCCAUCCACUUUAAGGCUCAACUACAAAAAUAUCAACAACAAUCAUGUCUCCUCUCCAUAUGAUUACGCAGUUAAAGAUCCUUUGUCUUUGGCGAAGUUGUUUGUUCUGCCCCACAUGUGCAACUUCACUGGCUUUGACCAUACGAUGGAUCCGUCUGCAGCCUUGUCGUUGAUUUCUGAAGCUGCACCAUUUACUGCCGCUUCUCCUCAUGCAAAGGACGUUAGGAUAAACAGAAACGAAUGGGCGCAUUGCAACUUUGCUGAGUGGACUGAAGCAAAGUUUGGUGCUUGUUAUCAGAACAUGGAGACUUUACUAAAGAAGAUUAAUCUUUCAUCUGAAAAUAAGGAAAUAUUUUGCAAUGAGCUACGCAGUUGGAAAGAUAAAGAUUUUGACUCGUAUUUUGAUCAGUUGAACAUGGAACUCUUUACUUCUGUCAGAAGUGAAGUUCUUGAGUUAUUAAAACAUCCCAAAUCCAAUGAUAAUGAAGCAAGACUUAGCCGCUUGAUUUCUGUCCAAGGAAGGGAAACACAACGAAAGUAUUUUGACUCCAUUCAUCCUCCCGCCACCUUAACAACAACGUUGAAUGACCACCGCGGAACACUAGAAACACUGCUUGAAAGCGGAGUGAUCACGCCUGCGCAAAUGAAGGUAUUGUUUCCUCCAGUUGAAAUAUCAUCAUCAAGUGAAUAUGAUGUCCCACUGCUUGUCAUUUUAUUACGUAAUAUUUGUGGCCUCUACCCCCUGCUUCUACUGGAUCAUGGGACGAGAAUCCCCCGGCAGACGACAUCAGUCUGGAGGCUGACCUGGUGAGAAUUGAGUUUUAUAGAAACAAAGUUUUAAACAGCGACACUGAAGUAAGUGACAAUUAUUUUAAUACCUUUUGGGAUGAAAUCUCGGAUGCAUUGAUAAGAAUUCAUCAACAUCUCAACAAACCGCUCCCUACUCGAGAAAUUAAAGAGUUGAGAACAAGCCCUGUUGGUGAAGAUUCCUACAUAAUUUUCAAGAAAAUUGAA